CGUUUGGCGAGGGAAGUGCCACCGUGUCCAAAGUGAGAAGACCCAGACGAUACUUGAGUCUGUGGCUGUCUUGUUUACAGUGGUUGUGCCAGGCCUUUGAAGACCUGUGGCAGACAACGUGUUACGGUUUUAUUGCUUACCUUUAUUAUUUCGUUACAAGGGUCAGUGUAUGAAUCCAAUCUGGAUCGAGGCGGCAACAACAGGAAGAAGAAGAUAGAGGAAUUCUCUAGGUCUUCUCGGGAGAAACUAGUCCAGUCAAAGAACAAAAUGUUUUCCAAAUUUACGUCCAUUCUUCAACAUGCUGUUGAAGCGCUUGCCCCGUCGCUGCCCUUGCAGGAGGACUUUGUCUAUCACUGGAAGGCAAUUACACAUUAUUACAUCGAGACAUCUGAUGACAAAGCUCCAGUCACAGACACCAAUAUCCCAUCCCACCUGGAACAGAUGCUGGACAUCCUGACCCAGGAGGAAAGGGAGAGGGAGUCUGGAGAGACGGGGCCCUGCAUGGAGUAUCUCCUCCACCACAAGAUCCUCGAGACUCUCUACACCUUGGGAAAGGCAGAUUGUCCUCCGGGGAUGAAGCAGCAGGUGCUCACCUUCUACACAAAGCUGCUAGCACACAUUCGUCAACCUCUCCUGCCACACAUCAAUGUCCACAGACCUGUGCAGAAACUGGUCCGUCUGUGUGGAGAUGUGCUGGCUGCUCCUACAGAAAACGAAGAGAUUCAGUUCCUCUGUAUAGUCUGUUCCAAACUGAAGCAGGACCCAUACCUUGUCAACUUCUUCCUCGAGAACAAAUCAAAGCGACCUGAGGCGAAGAGACCUACGGAGGCGGGGAAGGACAAUGUGUUGGAUCCAGACACCGGUCAGUCUGCAGCAAUGGGGCGGGCUGACCACCCAGAGGAAGCUGCAGCUGCUGCCUCCACCUCUAGUCCCACCAAUAACAACAAUAACGGCAACAAUUACAAUCUCGUCACAUCGCUGCUCAACCUCACAAAGAGCCCCGAUGGCAGGAUAGUGGUGAAGGCAUGCGAGGGUCUGAUGCUGCUGGUCAGUUUGCCAGAGCCUGCAGCUGCCAAGUGUUUAACAGAAAACACAGGACUCUGUGAGCUGCUGACUGACAGGCUGGUGUCCUUCUAUAAAGCCCUGCCACAGUCCAUGGACCCCUUGGACAUCGAGACGGUGGAGUCUGUUAACUGGGGUCUGGACGUGUAUAACCUGAAGGAGGAUGCUGCUAUCUUCACAGGAAAGAGGCCUCUCAUCUCCUUCCUGUCGUGGCUAGAUUACUGUGACCAGCUCAUCAAGGAGGCUCAGAAGUCAGCAGCAGCAGUGAUGGCAAGAAAUGUGAGGGAAAGAUUCUUUGUGUCUGUGAUGGAGCCGCAGCUGAUGCAGACGUCGGAGGUGGGCAUCCUGACCUCCACGGCCCUGCUGAACAGGAUCAUCAGGCAGGUGACCUCAGAGGCUCUGCUGCAGGAGAUGAUCUACUUCCUGCUGGGAGAGGAGACGGAGCCAGAGACCGCUGCGACUGUGGCUCAGAAUCCACUGCGACACAGACUCAUCGAGCACUGCGACCAUCUCUCAGACGAGAUCAGCAUCAUGACGCUGCGGCUGUUUGAGCAGCUGAUCCAGAAGCCCAACCAGCACAUCCUGCACAGCUUGGUGCUGCGCGGCCUGGGGGAGAGGAACUACCUGGAGAACAAACCCCAGGAGGAGCGGGAGCCCCUGGAGAACGGGCUGCCCCACGAUGCUGUAGACCUUGAGGAGGAUCCACUGUUCGGGGAUGACCUCUCUCCUGAUAGCAGGCUAUCCGGAUCUGAUUGGCUCACCUCGUCUCCACCACAGAGUCCUGACAACUCAAAGUCUGACGGCAAGACGGAGGUCCACAAGAUCGUCAACAGUUUCCUGUGUUUGGUGCCUGAUGAGGCCAAGUCAUCGUAUCAAGUCGAAGGCACAGGCUAUGACACCUACCUCAGAGACGCUCACAGACAGUUCAGGGACUAUUGUGGGGUCUGCCAGCGGUGGGACUGGAGGGGGAAUCCAAAACCUUUAGAGAAGUGUAACCUGGACAGCCCGUUCUUCGAGGGCCACUUCCUCAAGGUUCUCUUCGACAGGAUGGGCCGCAUCCUCGAUCAGCCCUACGAUGUGAACCUGCAGGUGACCGCUGUGCUCUCCAAGCUCUCCAUGUUCCCGCACCCCCACCUGCACGAGUACCUGCUGGACCCCUACAUCAACCUGGCCCCCGGCUGCAGGUCCCUGUUCUCCGUCAUCGUCAGGGUGGUGGGAGAUCUCAUGUUGAGGAUCCAGCGAAUCCCAGACUUCACCCCCAAACUGCUGCUCGUCAGGAAGAGAUUAUUAGGUCUGGAGCCGGAGGGCAUCAAUGUGGACCACAUGACUCUGCUGGAGGGCGUGAUCGUGCUGGAGGAGUUCUGCAAGGAGCUGGCGGCCAUUGCCUUCGUCAAAUACCACGCAGCUUCCUCCUCCUCCUCACCGUGAGCCCUCCCACCUGUCAAUCAGCCAUCAAGGGGGGGCAGGUCAGAGGUGAACUGGGCCUGCGGGGUGCGGCGGUCCCACUGUAACAGGGUCAGCAGAACUUUACCACUAACUGCUGUCGUUGUAAGACUGUUAAAGCCCCCCCCUCCUCUUCUGGCCACUAUUCAACAGUCUUUGGUCCUGUUUUUGUUUUUGAGACGGUCAGAGCCCAGACACUAUCCCCUCCCCCCAGCAGAGAGGAGGAGGUGCAGAGAGACGGUCACAUGACUUUUUCUAGCCUCUCACUCCUCCCCCCCCCCUUUCUCCCCCACCAGCCAAAAGAGGACCGCCCUGUAAUUAUUCUACCGUGGAGAAAAACUGUUUGUAUUUAUUGUCUGUCCCAUAAUCACACAUCUGUAAACGUCUUUGCCUUAGUGUGGUUUCGCACCUUUCAGUUACAGAUGGUUUCCUUUGGAACAAUUUCAUCUUGAAUCCUCAUGUGUUGUCUGUUUGAAGACAAGAAGCUGUAGAGAAAAGAAUCCCCUCCCCCCCGAUAUGUACCUGUAGUUACAUACAUGAUGAACUGUAGUAUUUAAGAUACUGCACUCAUAUUUUAAAUGCCAAGUCUUAUUUAUUGUUUGCUUUCAGGUUGCCUUUUUAACUAAUGUCAUAUUAAUAUGAAUUUAAAACAGUCAAACUAAGGACUGACUUAAUUUGUUUUCUUUCUUAAGUGUGUCUUUAAAUGCAUUUGCUCUCAAAGCUCGUCUGUAAUAAUCACCCAAAGAAAAAAUAGAAUUUGGCAAAUUGUGUGAAUUUGCACACGGACCUCAUUGCACUCGUUACAUUAUUCAUGCUUUUUAGGAAGUUGGCAUUUGUGGUAGAGACGUUUUGUUUUGAUUCCACGUUAGUGUUUGUUCUCCAGACCCAGUGUUCAAAUCCCACACACCAGUGUUUAUUUGAUCCAAGGGAUUGUUAUCGUGUUUUUUAAACCAUUAUUAAUUCUCAAUAAUGACUUAAUUGUAUCGAUGGAAUGCAGAGCAGCAAACCGCUUGAUUUGAUUUACCAGUAUCUUAAAUGCAUUAUUAUCUUAAAACAUACAGCAGUGGCUAAACUGCAGAGAAUGGGGCUAUUUGCAAUUUAUUUAAAGUUUGUCGCGUCAUUUACAAGAAAACAAGAACAUUUGAAAAAAGAAAAUGUGUGUAGCAACUGUUCAUUAUCCAGCAACACUGUCGAGUACGGAAGAGGAUAAAGGAACCACGUGAAUCAUUAUUUUGACAUUCUACCCAAAGUUAUUUAGUUAAUUUACUUUUUGUUUGUUCCGACUUGAAUCUGGAAUUCUGAGAAAGUAGAAUGAUGAACAAAUUCACACGCGGCCCUAAUCCUCUGCCGUAGUUUAUCAUCUCAUCACAUUUAUCUUGACACCCUUUUGUCGGGUUCCAGACCUCCCUCUGUAAUCAUGACUUCCUGUUUGGUGUUGCGUUUACUUGCAGUAUUGCCUUUUUGUCCUUCAUUGUAAAUGACGAUGUGCUGUGUUGUUGGAACCGGUUGAUUGGUAAACAAUUGCCUGGAUACUUCGGGAAGGGGUCGGGAACUUAAAAUCACCUUGUGUAUCUGUAAGUAAUGACGUAAGAUUGAAUUCAUCUACAUCAAGGUGCUUCUUAAUGGCUGCUUGUUGUGUUACCAGUGUGAUGUGUCCUUGGUUGCUAAGCGUGUUGAGUUUGUUUACGUGUGAGUGUUCUGAUUUAUCAUGCGGUGGAGAGUGGACAGUCAUUCAUUGGAGCCAUGUGUCGCUAAUCUUAUUAGUCGUCGUCGUCCCCCCCCCCCCCCUCCCCCCUUCUUCUUAUUCUGGUCCCACCUUAAUCCCAUCACUCAAGCACCUCCUCUACAUUAUGCAGCAGCUUGCAUGGAAUCACAUUUUGCACAUUUCCUCAUCUUUGCUCGUUCAUAAUGUAAAUAUACGACAAAAAGCUUCUUUUUUUUUCUCCAAAUGUUUUCAGAAACCAAAAAAAGAAGAAACCUAGGAUGUAACAUUUCUAUUUUAACGGGAAACCUUUUUUUAAAUUGUCGAAUCAUGCACAUUUUUUUAAUCAACUAUCUUUCCAACUGUACAUUGUAUGUGUACAAUAGCAAUAUAGAGAUACUACCUGGUGUAAAUGCAUGCUUAAACAUUAUUUUUCAUUGUUGAAAGAAAGGAAAGGCAGUCUGUGAGGAUUUCUUAGCUGGAGAUGUGAUGCCUUACUUUCACUGUGGACUCUGCGUCACUACCAUUUUGUUGUGUUUUACUAUCUUGUGUUACAUCGGCUUAGUUUGGAAGAUGUACAGGACUCUGUAGCCAAUUGAUUUAUACCCUCGAUGGCUUCGACCAAUCACUGUAUCAUGUUGCGUUUCUUUACGUUAAUCGCUGCUUCUCUUCUGGUGUUUAAAUGGGAUGAUUCUUCCUACUCACGGCCAGUUAGAUUUUUGUGACGGUGCAAUGCAUUAUUAAAACAUUAAGGUGCAUGCUCACUCCUCCUGCCUCCCCAUGCUUUGGAGAUUUAAUUGUAAUUCCUAAUCAUCUUCAUUUCAACUAAAUGUUAGGUUUCAUACAGAACAAUAUGGUUUCUUUGACAUUUCUCCGUCCCAAUUAAAGAAGGAAAACAUG